AAGCACCUCACAAUCUCAACCAACAUCCAGCUCUUAUUAGCCUUUUAACUUUCAAAACCCUAGCUAUCAUUUCUUCUACUCUCCUUACCUAUCAUUUGGCAUUGUUUCCCACAUUAUCGAAUGGAGAGGGUGACAAAGUUGGCAUCCGAGAAGCCGGUGGUGAUAUUCAGCAAGAGUUCGUGUUGCAUGUCCCACACCAUCAAAACCCUUUUCUACGAUUUCGGGGUUAACCCUGCUAUACACGAGCUCGAUGAAAUCUCCGGAGGACGUGAAAUUGAACAAGCUCUCUUGAGGCUCGGUUGUAAUCCUUCCGUUCCGGCUGUCUUCAUUGGUGGUGAACUAGUUGGUGGAGCUAAUGAGAUCAUGAGUCUUCAUCUUAGUCGAUCCCUAAUUCCAAUGCUUAGACGAGUUGGAGGCCUUUGGGUUUAAUCCCAAAAUUAAUUCACUAACUUGCAUGCUAAGACACUAAUAAAGUUGUGAUUAUAAUAUACUCAUACAUAUACACAUAUAUGUAGUCACAUAUAACGUCUAAAACAUAUAUAUGUAGUCACAUAAAUUAGAUGCAUGAGAGUAUAGAUUUCAGGUCUAAUUUACAGUAGGAUGUAUUGAGCUCUACUGUAUAAGAUCUUCUUAGUGAGUAUGUACGUUAUCUUAUUGGUAAUGUACUAAUUAUGUCUUUUGGAGUAAUAUAUAAAAGUUACGAGUUACUUUAA